AUGGUCCGCGAGGUCAAUUACGCAUGUCAAUGGGGGGAGUUGAAGUCAAAGAAAGGUCUACCGGUGACCGAUGACAUAAAAGAUAUCAUUCAUAAAUUUAAACGAGACGAUAUUUUUAAAUCAACGAAAUAUACCAGCCGAAUGUUAUUCCAAAGACUCUACCGAGGAAACCAACAAAAGGUCAAGAGACCACCCAACCCCUUCAUAAUAGUCAGAACCAUAUUCGGUUUAGUGGCAAAAGAGAAUAAUGUUUCAAUCGGAGACGGCAUUUCUCGCAGCACCUUGGCUGGACUGAUAUGGAGUAACGCGACGCCAGAAGAAAUAUCUAGAAUUCAAGCGAUCUUCCGAGAGAUAAAGAUGAUUCACGAUCAAAAAUUUCCCAACUUCCAAUAUCGACCAGAGAGAGGCAAUGCGACAAAUGACAGGUUCUCGAAUAAGACUGCCGAAGAUUUCAAGAAUCAUGGUGUUCUCUUCGCCCCUACUUCGACGGCCGCGUACAGUCAAGGACCACCGCCAUCCUACAUCAACCCCUUGCCAUCACCUGUUCCAUCCAUUGCAGUAAAUUGUCCACCCAUACCUACGAACAACCAUAUCUUGGAUGGGUUAUCCGACAUCACAAGAAGAGAGAGAGAAGAAAAUAGAUAUAAUUCUCUAUCUUCCUCACCCUCUUCCUCUCCUAAAAGCAUGAAUCCCAUUUACAUCAGAAACUCGGAGUACUUGGAAGAAUGCUUUAUUCACAAACUUAAUCUGAAUGAACUCUUUGAUCCAAACAUAACAGCCGAAGAAUUGAUUAAACCGCUGCCUGAUGAGAUAAAAAAGAGGCCGCGUUCAAUGAACUCGUUUAUGUGUUUCAGGAGAAAAGUCUAUCUUCUGGCUGUCUCUGGCGGUUUUACGGAAGACAUAAAAGAUGGCCGAUUCCUUACACAGGUCGUGGCAAAAAUUUGGAAACGUACAAGUAAAGAGGUGAAAGGUAUUUACACUCGGCUCGCACGAGAAGUCAAGAGGAUCGACAACGAUCGUUACAAGGAUGUGAAGGUGGAAAAAAAGAGAAUCUGCGAAAAGCAGUUUGUGAACACCUACAUGGUCAGCUACGGCCUUUCAAUUUCUCGCCGAGGGAAAAAUAGCAUUUCACCUCGACCCCGAAAAUCGUCAGAACGCCCAACGAAUCCCCCUGUCGAAGACCGAAUCGAUUAUUCGAUUUCUUCAUUCGUGGAAAAUUCCACGACGAUCACCGCAAACCUGAUUCCCGAAUUCAUGCAUUACAACGAAGCGCAUUCUCACAUUUUACUACCAGUAUACGAGCAAUCUCUGUGUUAUAAUCCCACGGAAUGGUUCUUCAGCGAAAAUAUGGUUUAUCAAUAA